AUGGUUGCAGAGCAUUUGACCAUUCGGAACCUAACUGCGAACCCAAUCGAGCUGAAGCAUGUCGAGCGCUUCGCUCCCCCGGAUGUUCCCAAGCCGGACAUCAAGAAUAUCACCAAGACCUUUUCAACUCUGAUGAACAAUAUCACCAGAUCUGCGAAUGAAGUUGAUUCGAUUGCACAUGGCUCUGAGUCAUUCUCUCGCCAGGAUGUCUCUGUCCGGGUCGAACCCUUCACUACGGUGAAGACGGAUAUUCGAGCCUUCGAGAAGUCUGACAGAGAACGGAUGAAACUGACCAUCGAGGUCGAAGGGGAACGGCACCAGGUUCAAACACCAGUGCCGACCAGCGAAUCGGCUACGAUGAGAGCAUUGAAUGACAAUCCGCGGUUCCGAUUCACCGGCGUCUAUGUGACUCCUGAAUCGCAUCUGGCAGUGUACUCGUCCGCAAAUCUCAAUUCGUGGAUGAGAGAGCUCAACAACGAUACCCUGCUCUCUGCACUGUCGAUUCCAGGAACGCACAAUUCCCCAACGUGCCAUCUCGCUCCGCCAUCGGUGAGAUGUCAAGCCGCCAGCCCCCGAGAGCAGCUGGAGAACGGCGUACGCUUCUUCGAUAUCCGCGUUCAGCCCCAAUUCCCCAAUGACCCAAGCAAGGAUAGUCUGGUCCUCGUUCACAGCGCAUUCCCCAUAUCCCUCACGGGAAACAAGUACUUCCGUGACCUUGUCCAGGAGAUUGAAGCUUUUCUUGAACGCAACCCAUCGGAAACGUUGAUCAUGUCCGUCAAACGAGAAGGCCCCGGGAAGCACACAGACGCUCAACUAAGCAAGAUCCUGUUCGACCACUACGCCAAAGACUCGCGCAAAUGGUACACGGAACCCAAGAUUCCGACCUUGGAAGCCGCUCGAGGCAAAAUCGUGCUGAUGCGCCGUUUUGGACUCGAUGAUAGCCUCAAACGAGAGUGGGACGGACGCGGUUGGGGAAUCGACGCCGGUGGAUGGGCAGACAAUACCCCUCAUGCAACCUGCCCCAGCGGAGACAUUUGUAUCCAAGAUUUCUACGAAGUCCUCGAAACGGAAAACAUCGACAAGAAGAUCGAAUAUGUUACCGCACAGCUCGCAAGAUCCGGCGCACUGAGCUAUCCUUUUGGCGCGCUGAAGGUUGACGACAAUGGCGAUCGGACCCCGUUUUAUGUCAAUUUCCUGAGCGCGAGCAAUUUCUGGAAAGUGCAGACGUGGCCCGAGAAGAUUGCGGCGAAGCUGAAUCCUGCGACGGUGGAUUAUAUCUGCCGUAAACAUCAUGGGGACGAGAAGGGAGACUGGUCGACGGGCAUUUUGGUCUGUGACUGGGUGGGAUUGGAUGGCGAUUGGGAUUUGGUGAGAUGCAUUGUGGGAAUGAACACGAGGCUGAUGAUGAAACAACGAUGA